CCUUUGCCCCCAAAGAGCAGUGAGUCACCCACACCCACAUUGCUCUGAGUGUGUGAAGUCCUGUGCUGUGGAGGAGGCGGCAGCAGCAGUUGGCUAAAGAUCAGCUCAGCGCGGUGGCAACAGGUACGGCCUCCGGGGGAUGAAAGAACGGGAAUCGCAUUGCAGGGGAUGUAAAAUUCAGGAUUCCUUUCGAAGAUUGAGAGGAAUGAAUGUUUUCGACCCUCGCUGCGUUCCGUCACUCUCCUUCUCCCAAAGGUUCCACGACGACUGAAGUGAUCACGACGUCCCUCUUCAGCAAAUGAGCAGUAAGGACAGCGGCGGGAGGGGCGGAGCCUCCGGCUCGGGACCAAUCAGAAGACGUUUUUGGACGACGUCAUUUUGACCUUCACCUCCCCGAUGGCCUGGCUGCUGGUCGUGGCUCUGGUCAUCACGUGGUCGGGAGUCGCCAUCGUUCUCUUCGAUCUGCUCGACCCCAAAACCCUGACAGAGUACACCUCACACUGUGACGACCCCGUGUGUUUAUCCUCUGGAGGGAGGGACUACGGCGCGAGGACAGGAGGUCUCCCUCCCCCCUCCGCCGUCGCCCAGAGAGGUUUGAAGGCCAGAGCUGGUUUUCGUCCAAUGAAAUCAAGCCCUGCCGAGCCGCCGGUUGAAGUCGCGUCUCAGGAGAGCGCCGAUUGGUUGGAGAUGAUGUGGACCUUUGCAGCCAGCAUGGUGGCUCCUGAUGAUGAGGACGAGGAAGGUAUUCAGCAGCUAACUGAACCCCUCACAUCUUUCCACUCCGAGGAGCUCUGAGCAGGAGGAGCGAGGCGGGAGGAAGAAGGGCGACGAGGAAGAGGAGGUCUGGCUGAAGCGGAGGAGAGGAUGCAAAGAAACAGAAGGAGGAGGAUGGAAGUGUGCUCUUUCUUUCUGACUGUCUGUUAACUGAAAACAAUUAACCAUGAAAUAGUGUAAUAAAAAAAGCAUCAUUUUAUCACCGGAUCUUAAUAAAACUGCACAUUCUUUUCUGCAUUUGCUCUUUAAAAAGUACUCAGAUUUUAAAACUGUGACAAUAGACACAUUACAAAGUUUCUCUAAUUGACUUCAUAUAACGUUCGACAAACAGCUAAAGGUCCUCAGGUGGAAAGUUAAACAAAUGGAUUAAAAUAAAGACGUUGUAGGACAAUCAUGAUAAUAAAAAAGAAAUGUAAAUGC